CGAAAUACUUCUAAACAUAAAAAAUAAAAUUCUUUUAUAUCCUUCAAGCCUGAGAAGUCUGAAUGGCAGGAACAUAUCACGGAGGAUCCUUCAAUGUCUGGGCUCGUCGGUUCGCUGCGCGGCUUGGAAGACACAUCCGGAAGUGGGACGCAACCAUAUCGAAGGAAUAGCCUUGCGAUUUCGUUGCACUCGAAUUUGGCCGGUUUCACGGCCGCUAAUAAUCCAGAGGUUUCGCCUUUCCACGUGGUCGAUUCGGCGCGAAGACGAUUCAGCAAUGUUAGCGAUGUUGUCUCCAGAAAGAUCUCCCACACGAUACGUUGGAGGACCGUGUCCGCUUCCGUUGAGCUUACCGUGUCGCAGGGUUCAUCGUUAUGCGCUCAGUACAUUCGAAAUCGACUAAAACGAUCCGGGAUCUUCCAUCGGAAGCUCGGCCUGAAGAGGAUGAGGAGCGCCAUGUUGCUUCCUGGCGGUGCUGUUGUCGGGGAGGUUUACCCGGAAUUGAUAUCCGUCGGGGCCGAGCUGGAGAAAAUGCAUCCGAACCUGUUCAAUCGAAUCGCUCGACAAAUCGGCUGCAGUAGUUUCACCUCGGAAAAAUCCACCAGCGGGGCCAUAGUCGACGUCUCCAGAGAAAUGAUCCGAAACGGUGAGAUGACUUGGAGCAAAGUGAUAGCCCUUUACGCCAUCGCCGGUGGCAUUGCUGUGGAUUGCGUGCGCCAGGGCAAACCUGAAUUUCUACCAGCCAUACAGAGAGGUAUUACUGAUGUUCUGGAAGAGGAUCUUGCUGUGUGGAUACAAGCCAACGGUGGAUGGUCUGCUUUGGUAACACGCUACCGACCGGUGGCAAAAGAGACAUCAUGGUACACGCGGAAGCUUGUGCUACUAUUUAUAUUUACCACACUAAUCGUCGUUAUGAUCUCGAUAUUUUUGAAGUUUUUAAUUUUGUAACGUCAUCUAAAUAUAUUUUCAUU